CUGUCAUGGACAAAGUGUGGGUACGUGUGGACUUGCAGGUUCUUUGCUUUCAGUUUUGAUUUAUUCUCGGGGGUGAGCUGUUAAACCUUGUUUGAAUGCGUGCUUCCCUUCCUGUAUGCUUUACGUGUUUGAUUGACUGUUAGGUGUAAGGAAGGAGCUUUACUGGUCAGUGAAUCGAUCGAGAAAGACCCAGACAGGUCUCCAUCUUCAAGUUUUGAUGUCAACUUCCCCUCAUUUCUGGCGGCUCUCUAUUGCCUUAGCCUUUGAUCUUCAGAUUGUAGGAGGAGUCAGGUCAGAAUUCUUCACGUGAAGGCAAUUGGAGUUCUGCUCAAGUCCGGUUCUAUUGUUGAAACUACGCUUGUCACUCUAUGAAAUGGAGAGCAAAGAGAUUGGGCCUUCACGGAAAGGUUCAGAAGGUGAAGCUAUUACAAGCCAGGUAGUGGAGGCUGUCGGACAAGCUGUUCGUGAUGUUUCUAUAGAUGGCAGAGCCUUACCGUACCCAGAGAAACAGAGCACAUCUGAUUCUCCGCAUGUGGCGAAAGAUGAGCAGAGUUAUUUGCAUUAUUCAUCUGCUGUGGAGAUCUUUCAGUCGGAAGAUGUCGGUUCUUCACCACAUAGAAGCUUGGAGCACUUCAAUACUGCACCAGUGGUUGGUCACAAAGAUCUGUCAGUUGAGAGCCAUGAAGCUCUGUUAUUUAGGUCUAAGACAGGGAAAAAGGAAAGUUCAAAGCGUGACUUGAAAUUGGACAGAUUGUCAGAAAGUCAAAAGAAAAAAUUGAUUGUGAACCUGGUCAAAAUCCAAAAUGACGGGACUGUUGAGGUUGAUGUGGCUCGAAGUGCACCUGUAGCUUCAGAAUUGCUGGAGCUUGAUGCUGUUCAUCAAACACUGACUACUAUUGAAGAUACCGCUAUUGGAUUCAAUAAAUCAAUUCCAAUACUGAAAAUUGCCAUGCUUGUGGUGGGUACGAGAGGAGAUGUUCAAGCUUUCCUAGCUAUGGCAAAGAGACUUCAGGAAUUUGGUCACCAUGUUAGAUUGGCAACUCAUGCUAACUUCUGCACUUUUGUUCGUUCAGCCGGUAUAGAGUUCUAUCCACUGGGUGGUGAUCCUCGGGUUUUGGCAAGACAUAUGGCAAGAAAUAAGGGAUUUCUUCCAUCUGCACCGGGAGAAAUAUCUUUGCAGAGAAAGCAAAUGAAAGCCAUUAUUAGUUCGUUGCUUCCAGCCUGCACUGAACCAGAUAUGGACACUGGUGCUCCUUUUAGAGCUCAGGCAAUAAUCGCAAACCCCCCUGCUUAUGGACAUGCACAUGUUGCUGAAGGUCUUGGUGUACCCCUUCACAUCUUCUUCACAAUGCCCUGGACGCCGACGCAUGAAUUUCCUCAUCCAUUGGCACGUGUAUCUCAGGUUGCUGGUUAUCGGCUAUCAUACUUUGUUGUGGAUUUAUUGAUAUGGUGGGGUAUAGGAGGAUUCGUUAAUGACUUUAGGAAAAGGAAGUUGAAACUUGCUCCUAUUGCAUACUUCAGCACAUACCAUGGAUCCAUAUCUCAUUUGCCAACAGGGUAUAUGUGGAGUCCUCAUCUUGUGCCAAAGCCAAAUGACUGGGGUCCGUUAGUUGAUGUUGUUGGCUUCUGUUUCUUAAACCUUGGGGCGAAAUACCAACCUCAGAAAGAGCUCACACAGUGGCUUCAAGAUGGACCAAAACCUAUAUAUAUAGGGUUUGGGAGCAUGCCUCUUGAAGAUGCACAAAAGACUACAAAUAUUAUUUUGCAAGCAUUGAAAGAUACAAGACAAAGGGGGAUAAUUGGACGGGGUUGGGGUGACCUUGGCAUUCUUGAAGAAGCCCCUGAAAAUGUAUUCCUUAUUGAUGAUUGCCCUCACGACUGGUUGUUUCCUCAAUGCUCUGCUGUGGUUCAUCAUGGUGGCGCUGGUACAACAGCCGCAGGACUAAGGGCCGGGUGUCCGACAACAAUUAUACCAUUCUUUGGGGAUCAAUUCUUUUGGGGUGAUAGAGUGCAUCAAAUAGGGUUAGCACCAGCACCAAUACCUAUAUCUGAGCUCACUGUUGAAUCUCUAUCAAAUGCAAUAACAUUUAUGCUUCAGCCAGAGGUAAAGGCACAAGCAGUGGAAUUAGCAAAAAAGAUAGAGAAUGAAGAUGGUGUAGCAGCAGCAGUUGAUGUGUUUCACUGUCAUUUACCUGAAGAGCUACCAAUGCCUACGUCAUUGUUGGAAGAGAACGAUCAACCAUACCUACUACAGUGGCUAUUUGAACAAAUUGAGAAAGUUUGCUGUCUUCCCUGUUCGUAAUAGCAUCCUUUUUCU